AUGAAGCAGUCGGUUGUUACUUCCCUCGUGGCGCUAGCCGCCUCAUGCUCCGGAGCCCAAGCUAUUCCAGGUUUGGUCAGCGUGCCUGUCGGACUGUGUACCGCUAUCCUGGGCGAGGUUGAAUGCAAGCAGCAAAGCUCAACCAAUGGCUUGAUCAAUGUGCCCGUCAAUGGCUGUAUCGCCGUUCUUGGAAAAGCCAAGUGCGAGCAAGCCACUGCCCCCAGUGUCGAGGACGAAGGUGCCUUGAUCAAUGUGCCAAUCAACGUCUGCCUGGCUGUCCUUGGUUCGGCUCAUUGCCAACAGAAAUCCGAGACUAAUGGUGGUCUGAUCAACAUCCCUGUCAACCUAUGCCUGGCCGUUUUGGGCGAGGCUGAAUGUGUGGAUGGAGGUGCUACCCCCCCUCCUGCCGUGGUGUCCCCUACCGAGAUUGCGAUUGUUGCUCCCACAUCCAUCGACGCUCCGGCCGAGACUCCAUACGAGACCCCCAUUGAGACUACCAUCGAGACCCCAGUUAAGCCUCCGGUUGAGACUCCCGCCGAGACUCCCAUCAAGACCACAGUCAAGCCUCCGGUUGAGAUUCCCGCCGAAACUCCCAUCGAGACCCCCGCUGAGAUUCCUGUUGAGUCCCGCGUUGCGACUGUCACUGGAACUGCUGUUAAGACCCCUGCUGAGACCCCUGCUGAGACCCCUGUUGAGUCUCGCGUUGCGACUGCCACUGGAACUGCUGUUGAGACCCCUGCUGAGACCCCUGCUGAGACUCCUGCUGAGUCUCGCGUUGCAACUGCCACUGGAACUGCCACUGGAACUGCUGUUGAGACCCCUGCUGAGACCCCUGCUGAGACUCCUGCUGAGUCUCGCGUUGCAACUGCCACCGGAACUGCCACCGGAACUGCUGUUGAGACUGCUGUUGAGACUCCCAGUGGACCUGCCACCGUUGGCCCAACUCACCCUGGAGCCACUGGUUCUGCCACAGCUACAUACAUCCGUGUGCCCUCCACCCUCGUCGGACACGCCUCCCCCAGCGGAGCUGGCCCCCACUCCAUCCACAGCGGCACUCGCACUACCUCUGUUGGCCUCAUUCCUCACCACACCGCCCCUGCUGGCAACACUCCCCACAGUCCUUCCACUGGUCCUUUCACCGGUGCCGACAGCAAGCCCACCCCCAGCCCCAUUCCCUUCAACGCUGCUGGCCGUGCCGCCCUCUCCGGUGUUGCUGUUGUCUUCGGUGCUGUCUUCGCCGUUGCCAUGCAGAUCUAA